AUGAGAAAUGAUGAUGUUGGGCAGGUGGUGAGGAAGACGACCACACCGGAGGGGGAGGUGAUCCCCAUCCACCAGAUCGACGUGCAGACGGAAAGCGCCGUGGCGAGCAACAGCCUGUUCCUCCUCGCUCCGCUCAUCAUCUGUCACAUCAUCGACAGGAACAGUCCGCUGUACGACCUGUCGGCCAUGGAGCUGCAGUGCAGUGACCUGGAGGUGAUCGUCAUCCUGGAGGGAGUGGUGGAGACGACCGGCAUCACCACACAGGCCCGCACCUCCUACGUCUCCGAGGAGAUCCAGUGGGGUCACCGCUUCGUUCCCAUAGUAACAGAGGAGGAGGGUGUGUAUUCUGUGGACUACUCCAAGUUUGGCAACACAGUCAAGGUGGCCACGCCGCUGUGCAGCGCCAGAGAACUGGACGAGAAGCCGUCCAUCUUAAUUCAAACUCUGCAGAAGAGCGAACUGUCGCACCAGAACUCGCUGAGGAAGCGUAACUCCAUGAGACGCAACAACUCCAUGCGUAAGGUCGCAGGAAGCAGCGGGAGCCUGCGCAGGAACAACUCGGCCAAAGUCCAGUUCUUCACCCCGGGCGACGGAGGCCAGACCCUGAACGCCGUCACCUGACAUGAGGCCCGCCUCCUGCUGGCCGCCCUGCUCCUCCUGGGGGGACGGAGGAUUGUGGGUGUCGGCGUCCCUCCAGCUCUGAUGGGACUCGUUCUGUUUCUGUUAUCUGUCUUAUCCCAACACCUUCGCUGAUGACGUCACUCCGUGGCUACACACACGGAGUGACGUCAUCAGACCGAUCCAGCUCACAGAUAAAGAUCCUAAUGUCCGUAACGUCAAACACCCUAAUUACACUUAAGUUGAGUUUUAAAAGAUAAAAAGACAGAAAUUCAGUUUUUAAUAAAUUGUUUAAUCUGUGAAUCAUUUGUCGGCUCCAGCUUCUCACGUGAGAGGAUUUGCUGCAGCUCUUCUUCUUCUUCUGUACUCUGAACGUCGUUAAGUUUUAAACUGAUGCUUGAACAAAUCAAGAGUUUUGAAAAUGUGAUGGACAUUUUUCACACACACAUUUUUUUCUAAGGCUUCAUCCACACUAAUAUAUUUUGCUCUUGAAACAAAUCAUUUUUCCACCAGCCACUUAAAAUCAAAUAAAAACAAUAAAAUAAAAAGUUGGUUAUUUUGUUCGAUUGUUUCUAAAACCAAAAGAUAUCAGUGUGGAUGUAACGUGUUUCUUACUACGUUAACUCCUGAAAUGAGCCAGAUUAGAUUUUUUAAAUCACAUUCACUUAAAUGAUUCACGAUAGACAAUAAAAAUGAUUGGCAGCAGAAGCUCCUUCGUCACUAAGAUGUUUUCAUAUCGCAGCUUUAACCACCGGCUUUACGCUGCUGACUCAACUUCACUGAAGUGACGAUGACUCGGAUGUAAUGGAGACGAUUAUCGACAUGUACAGGAAAUGAAGCUUCACCUGCACAAACACUGAAGUCACUGCUAGUGUUCAAUCAAUCAAUCAAUCAA